AUGGUGUUAGUUGUUUUGAAGCAGUACUUGAAGGAGCAAAUUUCUCGGAUGAUACCCGCACCUCCAUCUCACAACUCUAUUGCGAAAACGAGUGUAGCAUCACAAGAUCAGGCAAAGACAACCGUCGUUAGCAUUAAAGGAAUGACCUGCCAUGCAUGUGUCAAUAACAUUCAAGAUACGAUAGGGACCCGACCGGGAAUUCGUUCGUGUACAGUAUCAUUGGAAGCUGCUGAAGGUGUUGUUGUUUUUGAUCCUUCACUUUGGACAGCAGAAAAAGUCGCAGAAAGCAUAGAUGACAUGGGCUUUGAGGCGAAAGUAAAGGAUAUACCUAAAGACAUUACUAUCGCAGAUGCCAAAGUGCCAUUGCAUGCUAACAGUACUCAAAGGAAGGCGGUCAUAUCUAUCAAAGGCAUGGUUUGCCAUGCAUGUGUUAAUAAUAUACAGGACACUGUUUCACAGCGACCAGGAGUACAUUCCGUUGUAGUAUCUUUGGAAAAAGAAGAAGGUGUGUUUACAUUUGACCCAUCAAUUCUCACUGAUGACCAAAUUGUUGAAGCCGUGGAUGAUAUGGGAUUUGAAGCCAAGCUUGUUAGUGCUGAAGAUGUCUCGCAGACUAUUGAAGUCAAAGGCUCUGCAGCUCCUGCAAAAGAUUUCCUGACUAUUGAAGUCAAAGGCUCUGCUGCUCCUGCAAAAGAUUUCCUGGUUAGGUUUUCGAAACCGGACAAGGUAGAAUUGUCGCCAAAAAAGUCGAAGAUUCAUCCAGAGACUGCAGUGGAGAAUCUUGAGAAAUGUACAUUAGCUGUGGAAGGAAUGACUUGCGCGUCUUGUGUGCAGUACAUUGAAAGGAACAUUGCUAAAUUGAAAGUAUUAACCAAUAUUGGCGGGUUAAAUAGCGAAGCCGAUGCUAAUCGUAUCGAAUCGCACGCUAUCUCAAAGACAGGAGUUGAGAGUUGUCAUGUUUCACUUGCUACAUCUAUUGCGACUGUCGAAUUCAGUCCCUCAGCUGUUGGUCCACGUGACCUCAUCGCACUUAUUGAGGUAUACAUUUUUGGUGGAUGUUACACUCACUUACACUCUCGUUCUGCUAUAUGGAGGACUACCUUUUUUGUUAGCCUUAUCUUUGGCAUACCUGUGAUGCUGAUUAUGGUUGUGUUUCACUGGAUUUUGCAUACACCUAUGCAUCCGGAAAACCAGACUCCUAUAUUGUCACCAGCUCUUUCACUAGACAACCUUUUAUUGCUUUUAUUGUGCACACCGGUUCAGGUUAUUGGCGGGCGUUAUUUUUACGUGGCAUCUUGGAAGGCGCUUCGACAUGGAACUGCCAACAUGGAUGUACUUAUUGUUUUAGCCACCACAAUUGCCUUCACUUAUUCCAUAUUAGUUCUAAUUAUUGCCAUAGUUUUAAGAUGGCCAUCAAGUCCAAUGACAUUUUUUGACGUUCCUCCAAUGUUGAUAGUGUUCAUCUCUUUAGGUCGAAUGCUAGAACAUAAAGCAAAGGGGAAAACGUCAGAGGCUCUAAGUCGAUUGAUGUCUUUGCAAGCAAAAGAAGCAACUCUU